GACAACGAUGGCACCUCAGGUGAACAUUGUCAAAGUCGAAAGAUCAAGUGUGAAAGUCUACCUGGCCAGGAUCAAUGCGCGCGAUGUGCGCGCCUUGGGCUGGCAUGCGUCAUCAACAAAAGCCUGCAAACCCUCCUUGACGACGAAAACGAUUGGAAGAAGGGGAUAGAGACGCAGGUUCAAGAGCUACAGAAGGCAAUCGCUCAAGUCCAGCACGUUUUAAAUCUACCACGACUGAACAUCCCUGGCUUUUCAACCUCCAGUGAUAUGACCGCGGAUGGUCACAGUGAGUCGUUGCGACUGCCGCCUCCGAGACCAGAAGCCCGAUCAGAGGCCAACCCUGACUCCUCGUCUGUGAGACCUGGCCAUGUCACAGCCAUGACGAGGCAGAAUUCUGCAGAUGAAGCGCCCCAGGGUCGACAUGAGGAGGCCAUUCUCAACACUCCAAUGGCAAGCCUCUAUGAGGUGACCAAGCUGCGAAACAUCCGUAGCAACCCCGCCGUCUUGCCCACCGGUGGGACGCAGCAAUCAGAUUUCAUCUCACAAGGAAAGCUCGGACUCCGGGACGCCGAGGCUCUCUUCUCCACGUUUCGCGAGACCCUCAACGCGUAUCUCUGGGGUGGUCUCGCCUUGGUUCACACUACCCUCGAGGCAGCCCGGGCCUCAUCUACGAUUCUAACGGCUGCUGUUCUGACCGUGACUGCACUGCACGUUCAUGACGGUGCUGCCGCGUUUGACAUCUGCUAUCCCAUAUUUCUUGAGCUCACGAGCCACUCGAUCUUUGCUCGAUACCACACUCUCGACGACGUCAGAGGUCUCUGCAUCGGCGCAUUCUGGCUCUCCGAUGUCAGCUGGAAGUUAUCUGGCCUCGCUGUCCGUAUCGCCAUCGAGCUGAAUCUCCAUCAAUUCACCACCGAAUCCUUCAGGAACGCCACAGCCCAGGAGUUCGAGAAGGCCAGACUAUGGUACCUCCUAUAUGUUUGCGAUCACCAUUUCAGCAUCGCAUACGGCCGGCCUCCGAUGAUAAACGAGAGUGGCAUAAUCACCAGUCAUGAGAGUGCUCUCCUAGCACCAAUGGCAACAACUUCUGACCUGCGACUUCACAGCCAAGUCAGUAUUUUCAUCAUACUCAGUCGAAUAUCGCAAACAUUUGGCUCGGAACGCUCCAAGAUGAUCGACGACAGCGAGUUUAGGUCUCUUCGCCAGUACGAUCUUGAACUGGGCCUUUGGCGGGAUCAUUGGGAGCAGCUGCUGGUCCCGGAUCAGCAUGUGUCCCAAUAUCCUUCCAGAGGAGUUGUUCUGCACUAUCAUUUCGCCAGGCUACAACUCUUCUCAGUAUGCCUCCGUGGAUUAAAGCCAUCCGAGGAGUAUACCAUAUCAACCGAACGACGAGACUUUAUCAACAACGCCAUCCAGAGCGCCUUUUCCGCCUUGAACCUGAUCCUCGACGAUCCAGACAUGCGAAAGGCCGUAUUGGGAAUGCCUCUGUAUCUCCUCACAACGAUCACGUAUGCGUGCCUGUUCCUCAUCAAGCUGCAAUCCCAAUGGACUCCAGCUCAACUCAACAUUAGCACUACGGACGUCGUCAAUGCUGUGGAGAGAACAACGACCCUGCUGCACAAUACGCAUCACUGCGAAAGACACGUAAUCCACUACGUGAAAACGGGACUCAGCAGCAUGUUGAAGACACUCAAGGAGUAUUCUGUGCCGGAUGGGGAGGAUCAAAGCUUUCAGGACGCAGGAAUGCAAUGGCUUGAGGGUACGGUCUGGGAUGGAGAGGACUGGAAGGCUUGGUUUAAUGGGGAUGCGCUAGAUCCAUCAAGCAGUAUUCUCGACUUGUUAAAUUACCAGAUGACACUAUGA